AUGUUGGGUAAAUCAAGUAUAAGAGAAUACAAGCUAGUUGUAGUAGGUGGUGGUGGUGUUGGUAAAUCUGCAUUGACUAUCCAAUUAAUUCAAUCUCAUUUCGUAGAUGAAUACGAUCCUACCAUCGAAGACUCAUAUAGAAAACAAAUUGUCCUUGAUAAUGAUGUUUCUAUUUUGGAUAUCUUGGAUACCGCUGGUCAAGAAGAAUACUCUGCUAUGAGAGAACAAUACAUGAGAACCGGUGAAGGUUUCUUAUUGGUCUACUCAGUUACCUCUAGAAAUUCCUAUGAAGAAUUGUUGAACUACUAUCAACAAAUACAGAGGGUAAAAGAUGCUGACUACAUACCAAUUGUUGUGGUAGGUAACAAGUCUGAUUUAGAAACAGAAAGACAAGUCAGUUACGAAGAAGGUAUGAACCUUGCAAAGCACAUGACCGCCCCAUUCUUUGAAACAUCAGCUAAACAAGAUAUUAACGUUCAAGAUGCAUUUUAUGAAUUAUCACGUCUUGUAAGAGAUGAAGGCGGAGCAUAUAAUAUCCAAAAUAUAGAACAUGCCAAUGAACAUGACGAAAACAAUAUAAAUGCUAAUAUCGCUGAUGAUGUUAGCAAUACUUAUAAUAACACAGCAAAUUCAAAUGAAGAAAACGCAGCUAAUAAUCCAAACUCUGGUAAUACUAAUAACAUCAAUACUAUUGACAAUAACAUGAACAACGUUGGCGAACGAGAUGCUAGUCACACAGCGCAUGAUAGUCAUAACAAAGAAAACAAGCAAAACCAAGCAUUUCCUAGCAAUACAGCAAACAAUAAGAACUCUCAUAAAAGUGAUGAUACCAAAACAGCAAGAGCAAACCAGUCUAAAUCAUCUGCAACCUCACCAAAAGAAAAAUCAAGCGGCGGUGGCUGUUGUGUCAUCUGUUAA